AUGGUAGGAACUCGCCCGGAUCUCGCUGCUGCAGUGGGAGUGCUUAGCCAGUUUGCAGCGGACCCUUGUCCAACACAUUGGCAAGCACUCAAGCGCGUGUUCAGGUAUGUCAAAGGCACACGAACCCAUGGGAUUGAAUAUCAAGCUACAAGCAUCGACAAGCUUCAAGGCUACUCGGAUGCAGACUGGGCAGGCGAUGUGGAAUCUCGACGCAGCACAAGUGGAUACGCGUUCCUGUUGAACAAUGGGUGUAUCAGCUGGAGAAGCAAGAAACAGCGUACAGUGGCUCUAUCGUCUACGGAAGCAGAGUACAUGGCGUUGACAGAAGCCACACAAGAAGCAGUGUGGCUCAAGGCAUUUUGUGUGAGCUUGGCGAGACGAAGAACGACGAAGCAGUCAAGAUCUUUGAAGAUAACUAAGGUUCCAUUUGCGCUGGUCAAGAACCCCGAGUUCCAUAAAAUAGUGAAGCAUAUCGACAUCCGGUAUCACUUCGUGCGCGAGAAGGUUGCAGACGGCCAAGUGUUGCUACAGUAA